AUGCGUCUGCUUAACGGCCUAGCUUCCCUCCUAGCCGGGGCUGGCCUCGUCGAGGCCACGCUCCAAAUCAUUUCAGGUGGCACGUGGACGGCGACCAACACUGGCCGCCACAUCCAGGCGCACGGCGCUGGCAUCAUCAAGGUCGGGUCGACGUAUUACAUGAUCGGCGAGGACAAGACCGAAGGCUCGGCGUUCCAGAACAUUAACUGUUAUUCGUCUACUAACUUGGUGGAGUGGGCGUACGUCGGAGCUCUUCUCUCGCGUACUAACAGCGGCGACCUCGGCCCCAGCCGAGUCGUCGAGCGGCCGAAGGUCAUCUACAACGAGUCUACGCGCAAGUAUGUCUUGUACAUGCACAUUGACAGCAGCAAUUACGGCGAGGCCGAGGUUGGUGUUGCUACUUCGGACACCGUGUGCGGCAAGUACACGUAUCUUGCCAGUUGGCGUCCACUCGGCUUCCAGAGUCGAGAUAUCGGGCUGUACAAGGAUGACGAUGGGUCCGCCUACCUCUUGAGUGAGGAUCGAGCCAACGGUCUUCGUAUUGAUGCUCUCACGUCCGACUACCUCAACGUCACGCACACUGUUCAUCUCUGGCCGGACAGGAUUGAGGCUCCGGCCAUUCUCAAGCGUAACGGAUAUUAUUUCAUGUUCGGAAGCAAGCUUACUGGCUGGGACCCCAACGACAAUGUUUGUCCUUCCCCUACUUUCACCCGUCUUUCUCCCCGCAGUGCAUCUAACCCUCGAUUUAGGUCUACAGCUACGCAACCUCUCUCGCCGGCCCGUGGUCCGCCUGGAAAACUUUCGCACCCGUUGGUUCCAAGACAUUCACUAGCCAGACCACUUUCGUUCUCCCUGUCGGUGACAUGGCGAUUUACAUGGGCGACCGCUGGGUGA